AUGCCAUUUUUCGUAGAGUCCGAGGGUAUGGCUGUCUGUCUUAUUCUCAAUAAGAUUACGCCCGAGAAGUUCAAAAAGUUAAGUAAAGAGCUGUUGGCGACCUUCUGCCGACUCCUGUUGGCCAAGUGUCAGGACGAGUUCGAGAACAGACGGCGCGCCAGUGAGGCCUUCGACGACAGGGAUGGACCUCUCAGUGCUCUCGAGGAGGAGCAGCGGUCG